GUCGAGGAGGGCAGCCCCCAGGAGUCUCCACGCCGCCAGCUGUUGUGUCUUCCUGUUUUGUCACCACGGCAACGAUGACCUCAGCCCUCCACCCGGCUCACUGGGGUGGGGCGGGAGCUCCACACUACUUUUAUCCCAGGAGGGCGUGGUCUGCUCUUGGCCCCGCCUCAGGGCGGGGCUGGGAUAGCCCAGGCUCGGGGAAGUCCCUGUCCACCGCCCUAGCCGGAGCUGCGCCCCGCCCCGGCCCCGCCCCCGUCCCGCCCGCGCUGGCUCCCCAGCCCGCCAACCCCACCCAGCCCUCAGACCCUUCCAGCUGCAGCUGUCGUCUUUGCUUCAGCCGCAGUCACCACUGGCUGCCUGAGGUGCUCUUAGAGCCUGUUCCAAGUGUGGCUUAAUCCGUCUCCACCACCAGAUCUUGCUCCGUGGGUUCCUCUGCUAAGACCGCUGCCAUGCCAGUGACGGUAACCCGCACCACCAUCACAACCACCACGACAUCGUCUUCGGGCCUGGGGUCCCCCACGAUCGUGGGGUCCCCUCGGGCCCUGACACAGCCCCUGGGUCUCCUUCGCCUGCUGCAGCUGGUGUCUACCUGCGUGGCCUUCUCGCUGGUGGCUAGCGUGGGCGCCUGGACGGGGCCCAUGGGCAACUGGUCCAUGUUCACCUGGUGCUUCUGCUUCUCGGUGACCCUGAUCAUCCUCAUCGUGGAGCUGUGCGGGCUCCAGGCCCGCUUCCCCCUGUCUUGGCGCAACUUCCCCAUCACCUUCGCCUGCUAUGCGGCCCUCUUCUGCCUCUCGGCCUCCAUCAUCUACCCCACCACCUACGUCCAGUUCCUGUCCCACGGCCGUUCCCGGGACCACGCCAUCGCCGCCACCUUCUUCUCCUGCAUCGCUUGUGUGGCUUACGCCACCGAAGUGGCCUGGACCCGGGCCCGGCCCGGCGAGAUCACUGGCUACAUGGCCACCGUGCCGGGGCUGCUGAAGGUGCUGGAGACCUUCGUGGCCUGCAUCAUCUUCGCGUUCAUCAGCGACACCUACCUGUACCAGCACCAGCCGGCCCUGGAGUGGUGCGUGGCGGUGUACGCCAUCUGCUUCAUCCUAGCGGCCAUCGCCAUCCUGCUGAACCUGGGGGAGUGCACCAACGUGCUGCCCAUCCCCUUCCCCAGCUUCCUGUCGGGGCUGGCCUUGCUGUCUGUCCUCCUCUAUGCCACUGCCCUCGUUCUCUGGCCCCUCUACCAGUUCGAUGAGAAGUAUGGCGGCCAGCCUCGGCGCUCCAGAGAUGUAAGCUGCAGCCGCAGCCAUGCCUACUACGUGUGUGGCUGGGACCGCCGACUGGCUGUGGCCAUCCUGACGGCCAUCAACCUACUGGCGUAUGUGGCUGACCUGGUGCACUCUGCCCACCUGGUUUUUGUCAAGGUCUAAGACUCUCCCAAGAGGCUCCCAUUCCCUCUCCAACCUCUUUGUUCUUCUUGCCCGAGUUUUCUUUAUGGAGUACUUCUUUCCUCUGCCUUUCCUCUGUUUUUCUCUUCCUGUCUCCCCUCCCUCCCACCUUUUUCUUUCCUUCCCGAUUCCUCGCACUCUGACCAGUUCUUGGAUGCAUCUUCUUCCUUCCCUUUCCUCUUGCCGUUUCCUUCCUGUGUUGUUCUGUUGCCCACAUCCUGUUUUCACCCCUGAGCUGUUUCUCUUUUUCUUUUCUUUUUUUUUUAAGACGGAGUCUCACUCUGUGGCCCAGGCUGGAGUGCAGUGGUUCGAUCUCGACUCAUGGCAAUCCCGGCCUCCUGGGUUCAAGCGAUUCUCCUGCCCCAGCCUCCCAAGUAGCUGGGAGGACAGGUGUGAGCUGCUGCACCCAGCCUGUUUCUCUUUUUCCACUCUUUCUUUCUCAUCUCUUUUCUGGGUUACCUGUUGGCUUUCUUAUCUGCCUGUUUUGCAACCACCUUCUCCUGUGUCCUUGGGAGCCCUGAGACUUCUUUCUCUUCCUGCCUCCACCCACCUCCAAAGGUGCUGAGCUCACACAUCCACACCCCUUGCAGCCGUCCAUGCCACAGCCCCCCAAGGGGCCCCAUUGCCAAAGCAUGCCUGCCCACCCUCGCUGUGCCUUAGUCAGUGUGUAUGUGUGUGUGUGUGUGUUUGGGGGGUGGGGGGUGGGUAGCUGGGGAUUGGGCCCCCUUUCGCCCAGUGGAGGAAGGUGUGCAGUGUACUUCCCCUUUAAAUUAAAAAAAAAUAUGUAUAUAUA